AUGACUAGCGAUGUAAGCAUUCGGUUAAAAGUCGAUGACGCUGCAUUGUCUGGGACGUCCGGACAUUCUUCGAUGCCAUCCUCACCGAAUCAUCACAACCACAAUAGUAUUGGCAACAGUGGAAGCAGUAACUCGCUGAUUACGUCGAUAGCUGCUGUUGCCGGUCUCAAAGCUAAAUCGAAUAAAAUGGAAGAUCUGAAUCAGCCAUUGACGGCAAAUGACCUGUUGGUCCCGUUGGACCUGCAACAUAAACGUUCAGCGCCGGACUUAUUUCUGAGUCUCAAUGGAAUGAUGUGUCCUGAGAAAAAGCGACGUCUUAGCACUGGUUCUAGCACGAACCAACAACAUACAAGCACAACGGACGAGUCGAGCAUAAGUGCAAGGAAUAGUAGCAGUAGUAGUAGUAGUAGUAGUAGUGCAGCCACCAAGACGGCAAACAGUGGCAAACCGCCGGGAAAAGGUGAUUCCGACCUUACCACAGGGGAUACCGAUGAGAAGGACAAUGAAAGUAACAAAACAAGCAGCAAUACAGCAACCACUACCUCAGGUUCAGAAGUGUCCAUCAAUCAGCGGGUAAACAACACCCAUCUACACCAUCACAAUCGUCCACCGGAAAAGACUGGCGAUUCACCCGCUAAUACGUUAGAACAAUCCAUCAGUCAACAGCAACCAAUCACAUCACAGCAAGGGGUACGUGGAUCACCCGGAUCUCAAGCACAAGGUGAAGACAGUGGAAUUGAGUCUAUGGAUGCUUUAUCGGAGAAAAGUCCCCAUCAGUUGUCGCAUAGUCUUCAAUGCAAUGAUCCAAACAAGCUGCUUCGGAUGGAUAGUCCCAAGGAUAAAGCGAUACCUGCAGUAGAAUCAAAAGAAUCAUCGAAAGAUGACUCCAUUGGCAAUAAUAACAACAACAGCCACUCAAAUUUGGACGAAUACACAAAAAUCGAAGCGGAACGGUGCAUGUUACCCCCGGUACCUACUAUGAGCUCUUCAUAUUCGCUUUUAGUCUAUCCGUAUUCCGAAGCAUGGAGAGAGCAGUGCAACGUUCGCAAC